UAAUGUAAAAGAAUUGAAUCAGUGCAAUUGAUUUGUUAAUAUUCAUGUCGCAGGCGACUCAUACUUUUGUUCAUAAUUUAAACUGUAAGGACAAUAAUUGUAAAGGUUCUUGUCGGAAUACUACUCAAUAUGCAUCUCAUUCAUUCCCUAAAGCUCCUCCACUUGUAUAUGAAAAAACAGGCUAUGGUGCAUGGGAAAAAAAUCAUAAUGACAAUACGAAUUAUCAUACUUAUCAAAUGAAUUAUGUUCCUCCAGAUAGAAAUGUUCCUUAUCUUUUAUUGCCUGCUAGAUUGUCACUUGUCUGGGUUAAUAAAUGGACAAUUAUUUUAGCUAUUCUUUUUGUUCGGCUUCUUUUCUUCUUAAUCUCUUUUAAAAAGGAUAUGGCUAAUGUUGAGGAAAGAAUGCACGAUGCGUAUACUAUUAUAGAGUAUACUAGCAAUUCUUUAGCACUUAUGCCUCGUUCAAUGGCAAUUGGAACAAAUAAAGUGAUUGCACUUGGUAUUGAGAGUAGUGUCAGGGCUUUAAAUAAAACUUUAAUGCUUAUUAUAUUGGGUGUACAACAUAUUAUUUUGUUUUUUAUUGAAAUGAUUAUACAUACUUGGACAUGUCUUUUAGAGCUUUCUAUUCAAGGCGGGAUAAAGAUUAUAGCAGACGUUGUGGAGAAAAUCUCAAAAUUUGUUAAUAAUGUACUUAAGUCUAUUGAAAAAGAUGUUCUUGCAGGCAUUCGGGAAAUAAACAAAGGGAUUUCUUCUAUUUUAAAUAGUAUUCAAAAAACAGCAAGAGUUUUAGGAAAAAAUAUUAAAAUUCCUACUUUAUCUAUUCCUAUUGAUGAGAAAAUUUCUAAUUUCAGUAUUCCAAAUAAUUAUGAUGAUGAAUUAAGGCGGCUUGGUGAUAGAAUUUCCUUAGAACCUUUAAAAGAUGCUGUGAUGCUGUCAAUUGCAGCUCCUUUUUAUGAAUUAAGGCAACUUAUUAAUAAUACACUUUCAAACUAUUCUUUUGAUUCUUCACUUCUUCCAGUACCUUCUGUUGAUGGACUUUCAACUUAUUCAAAUAAUGAGGAUAUUAACAAGGCUCUUAAAAAGUUUUCUAAUGAUAUUUACACUUCUAUUCACACUAUUUUGCUUGUUUUAAUCAUAUUGUCUAUAUUAGCUAUAGUUCCUUUUGCUAUUAAAGAAUGGUGGAAUUGGAAAAGAUUACAAUCAAAAGCUUCUAUGGUUUGGUCCAUUUUUUCAAUUACCAAAACAUUUGAUCCUACAGAAUUCAUAAUUACAGUUGCACAUCCAUGGAUAACAUUGAUAGGCCUAAAAUUCUCUUCUCUUUCUCGAAAUCAGCGUCGUAAGGUUUUAAUAAGAUGGUUUACAUCCUAUAUUUUUCAUCCAUCAUCUUUGUUUGUAUUAUUUCUUGGGAUUUUGGGGCUUAUAAGUUGUGGACUUCAAAUGAUUCUCUUGUCUAUAAUGAAGAAGAGUUUAUAUAAUUUACCAAAAGAAAAUGUGCCGGUUGAUGUUUCUGAGAAGCUUCAAGCAGCAUCUUUAAAGUGGUCAAAAGAUGUAAAUAAUGUUUUAAAUGAAACAGCUACAGAUCUAAAUAAACAUAUCUUUGGAUGGGUUUAUACGGGUACUCGGUCUAUAAAUAAUACAUUAAAUGUUUUUAUGGACACUACAACAAAUAGUUUUAAGAAGAUAUUUGGAGGUACAAUCCUAUAUCAACCUAUUCUUGGUGUUUUAGAUUGUAUGCUUUUUAUAAAACUUAGGGGAAUAGAAAAAGGAUUAACAUGGAUACAUCAAAAUGCUUAUAUAUCACCACCUUUUAUUCCAAAUAAUAUAUUAAUUUCUUCUGUUGAAAAUUCUACAACUCAUAAAGACUUUGUAACUGCUUCUGGAAAUUUAAAUCAGAAAUUUUAUUCAAUUUUGAAUACUUUAAUUGCUAGUUAUGAGAAAUCUAUAUUUUUCGAAACUAAAAUAUCAUUUCUAUUAGUAUCUGCUUGGAUAGUAAUAUUUAUUUUGGGUUUUCUUAGAAUUAUUUUUGCAAGAAAACCUGCUGUAAGAGGAUUAGGUGGAGGACCAUAUUCAGAAUUUCCUUCAAGAGUUAUUUCAAAUCCUAUUUAUAACAAUAAAGAUGAAUAUGAUUAUAUUCCAUCCAGAGUUCCACGAUAUACUGCAGAUCUUUCCAAAAAUACUAAAACUUCUCCUGAUCUUUCUAAAGGGCCUUUUAUAACUGAUAAUAAUAUUUCAGAUUUUUCAAAAUUCGAGCCUAGUGGUGCUGUUGUAGAGCAAUAUAAAUCAAAAAAUGAUAAAUAUCAAAAUAAAACUCCUUGAAAUGUCGAAUAUUUAAUGGUGUUUAAAUAAAAAUCAGUUACUUUUG